GUUGUUCGUUUUGGCGCGCCACACACAAGGGGGGAGGCAAGCGAGACUAGGCAUGUCUCAAAGCAAGAGGAAGGCAUGGGAUGCCACUGUUCAAGCCAGCGGGCAUGUCCCAACGCGUACAAAAACUAAACGGGCUUCAGGACGUACGGUGGUGCUCAGUAAGUCGAUGCGCGUUGUGGAUGAAGAAACGAGAAAUCAGGUCAAGGACGCGCGUCUAGAAGCGUUGGAAGCGGAUAACUACACCGAAGACCACGGAGGAGAGCAGGAUGACGAGUUUGCCUUGGAUGAGGACGACGAACGAGGGGACCGGCCGCGGGGCAGGAGCAGGGCGGGUAAGGCCCCGGGCAACAAGAGCAAGAACAAGGGAGAGAAGGACCCUUGGAAAGAGCGCAAGUUCAAGAGCCUGCACCAGGUCCUCUACGAAUUGACGAACGAACUCUCGGCGUAUCCGGGCGGGGCGACGGCUGUGAGCAUCGAGGCGCCGGUGUCGAAGCACCCGCCGCGAGCGUUCUGUUCCGUGUGCGGCUACCACGGACUGUACACGUGCACGCGGUGCGGGUCUCGAUUCUGCAGUUCCAAGUGCUGCGAGCAGCACAAGGAGACGCGUUGUCUCAAGUUCGCAUCGUAGAUUGUAUUCCGUAUAAUAGAGUUGUAAAGCAGCGGUAGGGAUGCCGCGUACCCACGCAAUCUGGAUGAAAAAUAGGUGCCGGUGUUAAAGCAGUUGCAAAUCUGCCCUUUUCCGGCGGUACACGGCACUCAGGUUCCUGUUUUGAGUGUCGCAUUCUGUGUAUUGAGAAGGGUGAAUGUCUCCUUCGCGGGGAGGGGGGCGUCGGUUUUUCCCCAGGGAAGUGUCGGCUUUCCCAAGGGCCAAUGCACGACAAAUCGAAAAAAAAAUGUCUAGGAGAAAAAUGUGUACUCGUGUUUGUGCGACGCGCCGCGUGAUGGUUUUGCAGAAGGAACGGGUCCGACUGAGUUUUUGCACGGCGUUGGAGACGAGUCUUGUUCGAUGGCCUGAAACGUAGAAGAUGUUUUCGGAGCGAUUCGAGUGUACGAUCGCAGCGUGUCACAAGGACGGGAUGUGCUGCAGGGUUGCUCUCUCCGUCGAAGGAAGCGGGCUCGUCAAAGCCACAGUUAUUUCCUUGACUGAUGAUUCUGUGGAAUGUGCAUCUCUUCCUGCCGAAGUUGAUGGAUGUGGGCCAGCUACCAAGGCCUAUGUCGCUGCUGACUUUUGUUACCUCACAAUCACUGGAGUGUUCAAGAGCUAAGAGCCUCGCUCGUUGCCC